AUGGGCAUAUCUUCAGUGAGUUCACGUCCGACUUCGACGUCGAAUGAGGAGUACGGAGGGCUGGACUCGUCGAAUGUUCUACUACACCAAAUCCACCAGGGCCAUGGCCACGGCCACGGCCACGGCGACCAGUCGUCGCCGACACCGACGUCCUCCACCGCGUCCACGUUGGACUCCUCCUACAAGUCGCAAACCAUCCAAGCAACCACCUACAUCCUAGGCUGGUACAUCUUCUCGCUCUCGAUCUCCAUCUACAACAAGUGGAUGUUUGGCCCCGGGCUAGACUUCAAAUACCCCAUCAUCAUCACUGCAUUCCACCAAUUGUGUCUUUUCCUCUUGUCCGGCACGAUCCUAUACCUCCGCCCCGGCUUGCGCCCCUACGUCAAUGCCAAUUUGUCGGUGCCGUGGCUGGUGUACGUGCGCAGUCUCGUGCCGUGCGCCCUCGCGAGCGCGGGCGACAUUGGCUUGAGCAACGUGCUGAUCUCGAUGAUCAGCUUGAGCUUGUACACCAUGCUCAAGACGAGCUCGCUUAUGUUUGUGCUUAUCUUUGGCUUGAUUUUCAAGUUGGAGAAAUUCCACUGGAAGUUGAUUGUGAUUUGUUGCGUGAUGGUGUUGAGCGUGGUGAUGAUGACGUCGAAACCACCCACGGCAACCCAGGAUGGAACCGCGCUGGACGAGGCGGACGACUCCUCGGGGCUCGGGAUAUUGCUCGUGUUGACGGCGUCGUGCUUAUCGGGGCUCAGGUGGUCCUUCACCCAGAUCCUCCUCAAGUCAAACCCAUACACUCCAAACUCCAUAACCACGAUAUUCUACAUCUCGCCCACGAUGUGCUUGGUCUUGUUUGCGCUAGGCUUGUCGAUUGAAGGAUGGGGCAACUUUACCUCGUCGCCGAUAUGGGCCACCUACGGCAUCACCUCAACCAUCUUUCUCCUUUUCAUCCCCGGCAUACUCGCGUUCAUGAUGACGCUAUGCGAGUUCAAGCUAUUGGGCGUGGCCCGGAUUAUCACCUUGAGCGUGGCUGGCAUAUUCAAGGAGUUGUUGACGAUCUUGUUGAGUGCCAUCAUUUUUGGAGACCGGUUGUCGCUUGUCAAUUGUUUGGGCUUGGUCUUGACUUUUGCCGAUAUCUUGUGGUACAACUGGUACCGCUUCAGUGUGAAGGAUCCAGGGUACGAGCGGGUGGAGCUGGAGGUGGUGGAUAAGCUGGAGGAGGUGGAGUUGGAUGAUUUGGAGCGGAGGGAUGACCGGAGGCGGCUGCGCAGUGGUCUAGAAUAA